CAGAGGGAAAACGAAAAUGGCGGCACCACCUCCACCAGCCAACGAUUCGGAGUAGGGAGCUCCUAUUCCUCCGCCUUCUUCCCUCCUAAUCCCAGCAGAGUUCUUCUAUCCAUCAAAUUCACAAACAGAAGAAUACACCAAGAAUCAAGCAGCAGACGCCCAAUUUCUUUUACGAGGAAGAAGCAAUCUGCAGCCUAUUUGGGUUCUCUUCACACUCUGUACAUUGCUCUGCAUCGCUUCAUUUAAUGCUCUCUCUGUUCAUCAGAGCUGCAUAAUUCGUGUUUUUUCCCCCCGUUUUUGGGUUCUACAUAGAAACCGAUUCUCUCAUCUGGGUUUCCGUUGGAUUCUCGAGUCUCUUCGUCGAAAUGCCAUUGAAUCGCGUCUGACAGAAUUUUCAACUCGCCGGACAGAAGAACCGGCCGUCGCCUUUGUAGAGGUUUUUCUUUUCUGGGAGAUUGUAAAACUCCGGGUGCUUUUUGUUCCUCUCCGAUGGGGGAAUACAGACACGGCGGCGGCACGUCAAUGGGCAUCGCGGCAAGAAAGCUCUUCUUCGGCGUAUUCCCGUUCAUCUCCGCCGUGUUCCUGCUCUCCUGGUUCGUCGUCGUCCGGUCCUCCACCGCCCGCCCAAGCUUCCUCGACCACGCAUUUUUACCCACGGUCACCACUCUUUCCGUCGUCAAAAGCGACAUCCCCCUCCAACAACAGCUCUCCACUCCCAGCUCCUUCUCCACAAAAGCACGCGCAAUCCUCGUCGACGACGAUACAAAACCAGAAAAAAUCAACAACAUCGUCUCCACCACCACCAAUCUAGACGCCGGACCCAAGCCCGUGAACGAAGAUAAGCCCAUAAUUAGACCCGAAAUCAGAGCUACUAGCACUAAUGGUGAUGUGAAAUGCAAUGCUGAAAGCAGCCUGAAGCCACCACAACAGCAGCAAUUGAAGGUUUUCAUGUACGAGAUGCCGCCCGAAUUCCACUUCGAGCUCUUGGGUUGGAAGCCGGAGGAGCCGGGCCGAGUCUGGCCCGACAUAAAAACCCACAUACCCGGCUACCCAGGCGGGCUCAAUCUGCAACACAGCAUAGAGUACUGGCUAACACUCGACCUCCUAGCCUCAGAAUUCCCCGAGAUCCCUCGAGCUGGGAGCGCGAUCCGAGUUCGCAACUCGAGCGAGGCGGACGUCUUAUUCGUGCCAUUCUUCUCUUCACUGAGCUACAACAGGUACUCCAAGGUAAACCCGCACCAGAAGAAGAGCAGGAACAACGUGUUGCAGGACAAAGUGGUGAAGUACGUGACGUCGCAGCCGGAGUGGAAAAGGUCCGGCGGGAAGGACCAUUUGGUGAUGGCUCACCACCCCAAUAGUAUGCUGAGUGCGAGGAUGAAGCUGUGGCCGGCAAUGUUCGUGUUGUCGGAUUUCGGCAGGUAUCCGCCCAAUGUGGCGAAUGUUGAGAAGGAUGUGAUUGCGCCUUACAAGCAUGUUAUUAAGAGCUAUGUGAAUGAUAGUUCGGAGUUUGACACCAGACCCACCUUGCUCUAUUUCCAGGGUGCCAUUUACAGGAAAGAUGGUGGACUGGCGAGGCAAGAGCUGUUCUACCUGCUGAAGGACGAGAAAGACGUGCAUUUCCAGUUCGGUAGCGUAAAGAAAGACGGCAUCCACAAGGCGUCCCGAGGCAUGCACGGGUCCAAAUUCUGCCUCAACAUAGCCGGCGACACGCCCUCGUCGAACCGGCUCUUCGACGCAAUCGCCAGCCACUGCGUCCCGGUGAUCAUCAGCGACGAGAUCGAGCUCCCCUACGAGGACGUCCUGGACUACUCCGAAUUCUGUGUGUUCGUCAAGACGUCCGACGCAGUCAAGGAGAAGUUCUUGAUCAACUUCAUCCGGAGCAUCAAGAAAGAGGAAUGGACUAGGAUGUGGACGAGGUUGAAGGAAGUCGAGCGGUUCUUUCAGUUCCAGUACCCUUCGGUGGAAGGAGAUGCUGUACAAAUGAUAUGGCAGGCGGUAUGGAGAAAGGUUCCGGGCAUAAGGAUGAAGAUAAACAGGGCUAGGAGAUACUCGCGGUUUGCUGUUACCGACACUCAUAGAGAUGGUGGUAGUGGUGGAGGAACAGGACGGCGAUCUAGGCAUCAUAUACUUACACCGAAGAACUUUUGGUGAAAGUGAACAGUAAAGUUGUUAGAGCAUUUCUUUCUCUUCUUUUUGUCGAUUUAACAUUUGUGAAUUGUGACAUAGAAUUGAGAAUGCGGGAAGAAACAGGCAUGACUGUA